GCCUUCUCCCGUUAUCUCUUGACUGUGAGAUCAAACAAAGAGAAAAUGGAGUGGGCAAGAAAAGCAGUAGGUGUUGUAGAGAGUGCAAGCAGCAACAAUAAGGUGAUCAAUGUAUUCUUAGUUGGUGUUUUUGGUGCCUUAUGUUAUCGAUCAGUUAACCAACAAAAACUUAUCGAAGCUCUUGAAGUUGAGAAGAGUGCUCUCCUCCAAACUAACAAAUCACUCAAGAAAUCAAUGUGGGAUUGGAAACAAUCGUUAUUUGCUGAUGCUUCUGAUGAUGAAUCUUCACCACUUUCUUUGUCUAAACUCAAAAUCAUUUAUGGAGAAGCCCCAAUUAGCCAACAAGGUAUAGCUGCAGUUGCUGUGAACAACGAAGAUUCCAAAAAAACAUCUGAAACAAGGAUUAUGAUAUGAAAGUUUCGUUCUAGUCCGUGAAGAUCAUUAUUAUAACUUGCUACAAUUAGAAGAGCUAUUUAUGAAAAUUCAAGUUUUUGAAUUCUCCCCGCCUAAAUUAACGGCGAAAAAUCAUGGCAUAUUAUCUCAACCAAAUUUCCCAUUAUGUCAAACUCUUUUUUUUGGAAUUUUUUGGUUACAAAAGCUGAACUCAGUUUCGGAAACGCAUCUUCGUAUUACUUCGUCGGACACUGUUUUCAUUUGUACUUCGUCGGACACUGUUUUCAUUUGUACCAAUUGGCUAUUUUCUUAAGGUUUUCUCUCUCACCACGAGACCCG